GCCAGUCAGUGUUUUGUGUUAUUGUUAAUAAUUAUAAUGAUAAUAAAACUCAUAGUUUCUAGCGCACUUUGUGUUUUUUAUUGAAGACCACACGAACUGUAACAUGAUUCCCUGUGCUUAGUUUUCAUUGUUUGUUUUCGUCUGGUUAUAAAGAGUCGUGUAAUGAGUUUACUGCUGUGGUAAUGACGUAGCUUUUCCGUUUUUUGCGUCACGCAUGUGCGCGCACCGGCGGACACGCGCAGCGCUUCCCACGAGAGAGAGCGUGCGCGCGCUCAUUCAGUGAUGGAUCAGAUCGGCGCUGAUCGCGUCGCUUAUAAUCAGGAUUUCACACACAAGACUAUCCUGGUGGGAGACAGUGGAGUGGGAAAGACUUCUCUACUGGUUCAGUUUGAUCAGGGGAAAUUUAUCCCGGGAUCUUUUUCUGCCACGGUGGGAAUCGGGUUUACGAAUAAAGUUCUUACUGUGGAUGAGCUGAAGGUGAAACUACAGAUCUGGGAUACGGCGGGACAGGAGAGAUUCCGCAGCGUCACACACGCGUAUUACAGAGACGCUCAGGCGCUGCUCCUGCUCUAUGACAUCACCAGCAAGUCCUCCUUUGAUAACACACGGGCGUGGCUUACUGAGAUCCACGAAUACGCUCAGGAUGAUGUCGUCAUCAUGUUGCUCGGAAACAAGUCGGACAUGAGCAGUGGGAGAGUGAUCCGGCGCGAGGAUGGAGAGAAGCUCGCCAGAGAGUACGGGGUCAUUUUCCUGGAGACCAGCGCCAAGACCGGACUCAACGUGGACGAGGCCUUCACGACCGUGGCAAAGGAGCUGGUGAGACUCGCCGUCCAGACGCCCGUCCAGCCCCGCUUCGAGCUUCAGGAGCUGAUGGAGCCGGAGAGAGAGACGACCAGCUGCUGCGGGGCGAACUAGAGGAAGAGGAGAGAUCUUCAUCACUCUGAGCUGCACUUCUCAUCACUAACACCAGGUGGCGCUGUGAGCCUCUGACUGGCACUGACACGCUGCAGAAAUGCUCUUCUUACUCAGUGUUUGUGUCUUGUUUCUAGUCCAAAUAUCAUAAAAUUACUAAAUCAAGAAGUAUUUAUUAAAGGAGUAAAAUGGCAUUACAUAUUAUGUCUAGUUUUCUGGCAAUAUUCAUCAAAAUGAAGUGAUUCGUUGAUUUAAAAAAGCAACAUUAUCUGCCAAUGGCGUCAGACAUAUAAUGUUAAUUCAAACAGGAAUUAGAUCAUUUUACUUGUUUUAAGCACAAACUCGCUUCAUUUGGAUUUAUAUUCCCAGAACACAAGAGAUAAUAUCUAAUGGCAUUUUACUUCUCUACUAAACGCUUCUUGAUUUAAGAAUCUUCAGAUAUUUGGACUGGAAACACUGAGUAAGAAGAUCAUGGUGGAAACCAGUUGUAUAAAGUAAAUAACAUUUCUAAACGACCUAUUACAGAACCGACUGCUGUAAAGUAUCUUAUGAAGUCCACCUAUAAUGUGCUUUACACACUCGUGAUGUCUAGAACAGGUUUUCCUGCUUGAAUGUUGAUUAAUGUUGAGUUGCGGCUCCUCUCUUCCCAGUCUGUCAGUAACGCUCUGUUCACUUCCUGUCUCUAUGAAGCCCCUCCUUCUGAAAGCACACUGUGCUCCGAUUGGUCGGCUGGAGUGGUGUGUUGUGAUUGGUCGAGCGCUGAGUGUGUUUGGGAAAUGUCCCGCCCCUUUCCAUAACCGCCAGUUUAACACACUACUAACUAACUCAACCAGGCCCCGCCCCUUUAUUCUGCGCAUAAAUUAUUAGUGUCCCGGAAGAGUUUAAGAGAGUCCAAAACAUCCACUGGUUAAAGAUCUACUAUAAUAUUUUGAAUUUUUUUGUGAUUUCCAAUGCGUCUUUUGAAGGACUGUUAAUGGAGGGAAAAAGCUUUGUUGGUUUUAACAUGCUGAACUUUGACCCCUGGUUUCAUGUGUCCACAAAACAUAUCACACAGUAAAUAGAUCAAUGUCACUAACGAGCUUAAUAUCCAUAUUAUCAGCGAGUGUUUCUGGGCCUGUUUACCUCAUGCUGAGGAAGAGCUCUAAUGCUGCGUAUUAAUAUCAGGAUCUCCACUGAGAAUAUUAUGCACCAGUUCAAUAUUGCAAAUCAUAUUUCAAGAAAAUAUGCAUUUUUCCUGCUUUGCUGUACAACGAUUAAAUUGUUCUUUGCAUUGAAUUAAUAUUGUUAAUGAAUUUACGAGAAUAUGCAUUUAUGGCUGUCUGUGAUGAUGUGUCCCUGCCUGCGUGUUUAUAUCCGAAGCAGAUUUUAUUAUGAAAUUAUGAAACGCUAUUUUGUAAUGCAUCCGUUUACCUGAAUCAAAACACUUUGCACAGUUUUGUGUCGAAUGUCCUCAGGUGUUUUCAUGUGUUUGGAGUGUGUGUGUGUGUGUGUGUGUGUGAUGCUUUAUAAAAGAGCAGUUGUGUGAAUCUGUUCCUCACAGAUGUGUUUUGUUAUUAAAGAAUGUUUUAUAAA